CUGUAGUCGCGCGGCGGUAUUCGAGGAGUGUGCGCGCGCGAGCGCCGUUCGUACGAUCGCUCGUGUACUGUUACGGACAGUUCUCGUAAUUUGAAAAAAAAUGCAGCAUUCCGUUCAGCAAGCGAACGGGGACGGCGUUCUCGGUUCACCGCGGAAGAAGCAACGGGUGACGGGUGUGCAGUCAAAGGUCACCGUCGUCCUCGGAGCGCAAUGGGGCGACGAGGGUAAAGGCAAGGUCGUCGAUAUGCUCGCCAUAGAUGCUGACGUCGUCUGCAGGUGUCAGGGAGGAAGCAAUGCCGGGCAUACAGUAGUAGUAGACGGUGCGGAAUUCCACUUCCAUCUUCUGCCCAGUGGAGUAAUCAAUCCUAGAUGCACAUCGCUUAUAGGAAAUGGGGUAGUGAUCCACCUACCAGGACUCUUCGAGGAACUGGAAAGUAACGAAGCGAAGGGACUGGAGAACUGGCAAGAACGAUUGGUGAUCUCCGAUCGGGCGCACAUGGUAUUCGAUUUUCAUCAGCAAGUCGACGGUCUUCAGGAACUCGAGAAAGGUGCACAAUCCAUUGGUACUACGAAAAAGGGUAUCGGUCCGACGUACUCGUGUAAAGCUGCCAGAAUUGGACUCAGAAUCGGCGAUCUCCUCGGGGACUUCGACGUGUUCUCGCUAAAGUUCAGGACUUUGGUAUCGUCGUAUGAGAAAAUGUUCCCAGCCCUUCAAGUUGACGUGAAAGCAGAGCUUGAACGGUAUAAAGAGUACGCUGAAAGGAUACGACCGUUGGUAAAAGAAACAGUACAGUAUUUACAUCAAGCAUUAUGCGAGGGGAAGAAAGUAUUAGUAGAAGGUGCUAAUGCCGCUAUGCUAGACAUUGAUUUCGGUACAUAUCCUUAUGUUACGAGCUCGAACUGCAGUAUAGGCGGUGUUUGUACCGGGCUCGGGUUGCCACCGACUUAUAUCGCCGAGGUCGUCGGCGUAGUUAAAGCGUACACGACAAGAGUCGGCGAUGGCCCAUUCCCGACCGAACUCACGGACGCUGUGGGUGAUCUUUUACAAAAACGGGGUCACGAAUUCGGAGUCACGACAAACAGAAAGAGACGCUGCGGUUGGCUAGAUUUAACUCUACUUAAAUUCACGGCAAUAGUUAAUGGAUACACGUCACUGUGUUUGACGAAAUUAGACAUCCUGGACACGCUACCGAAAAUUCAAGUCGGCGUAGGUUAUCGAUUAAACGGAAAAGAAAUUGAUUACUUCCCGAGUAAUACCUCCGAUUUAGCGAAAGUAGAGGUGAUUUAUGAAACUUUGGACGGCUGGCAAUCUACGACCGAAGGAGUGCGGUCUUUGGAGAAGUUGCCUCCUAAUGCGAGGAAGUAUAUACAAUUGAUAGAGGAACAUCUCAGUGUACCAGUCAAAUGGAUCGGAGUGGGAGCAGGUCGUGAAAGUGUAAUCACGCUUUGACGUUAUACUUAUGAGUCACAACAAUGGAGGCAUACUUAUCUAUUCAUUCAGUUCGCUACUUUUUUGAUGAUAAGUCUGGUCUGUCAAGGGAGUCGAUGGUUCAAGCGCACAGAGAAACGACGAGAGAAAUUUAUAGCGUUAAGAUCUUGAAGUUUUGUAGUAUACAUUAUGUUGAGGAAAAGGGUAACAGUCUUUUUAUCGAGUUCCUCCUUUCUAUCGUGAUGACUGUGUUUAUCCAUUGUUCGCAUGUAAAAUGAGAAAUGUUAAUUAAAAUGUAUUUAUUUGAA